AUGUUCAAUUUCUCAAGCUUUGUGCAAAAGGCUCAAUCAUUCAUUGACCCAACUCAAGCUCUCAAUAUUUCUGCUUCUGAUCGCAAUCCUGCUAAAUCUACGCUCUUCCGCAAUCAAUUCCGAUUACCAGAUUCCCAAACCCCUCUACAAGAAAUCACUGCAGAACUUACUAUAGCCCCACCAAACCAAUACUCACCGAAUGCUACACAAGGAGAGAAGGAUAGUAGUCGAGAGAGAGGGUUUCAUUAUGCUGGAAAGUUGCACUUGAGUGAAGCAUAUCUGUGCUUCUCGACACAACCUACAAGUUUCCUUCAAACGGCGAGUACGGGUACAUCUUCUGGAUUCAAUGGGCAAACACAUGGUGCCGGACCUGGAGGGAAUGGAUUCACAUUGCCCUUGUGUGCUAUAAGACGAGUAGAGCGUCUUCAUAGUCAAACCUAUCAAUUUGCUUUGGCUAUUACUACCUGGAAUGGAAUCACAAAUACAUCAGCGAAAGAUGGCCCAAAACAACCUACAUAUCAACAAAAAAUUACAAUAAAUCUUGCUGGAACGCGCCAAGCAUGCGAACGGUUUUGCGAUGGCUUAAAGAAAGGACUAAAAUCGGGAGUAGGUGAGGUCGCAAAGAUGAAACGUGUUGUGGCAGAGUGUUAUUCGGAAUAUUUGCUACAAGGCGACAGCAAAACAGGAGAAGCUCCAGAUGCAGGACUCGGAAUGUUAUUCAGAUAUCCGGGCGACCUUCGGAAGUUACGAGACAAAAGUAAGAUGCGACUAUGGGGAGAGUAUCUUCGAGAAAAUGGACGGAAUGUUACAUUAAUUCGCCAACCUACAUUCCAUAAGCUGAUUCGAGUUGGAUUACCGAAUCGACUGCGAGGAGAAAUAUGGGAGCAAACAUCAGGGUCAUUGUUUUUACGCUUGGAAAACCCCACGUUAUAUACAGACACUCUAGCGAAGUUUGAAGGGAGAGAUUCUCUUGCGAUUGAUGAAAUUGAGAAGGAUCUUAAUCGAAGUUUACCGGAAUACCCUGGAUUUCAAAAUGCGGAAGGUAUCGAUCGAUUGAGACGAGUUCUUACAGCAUAUAGUUGGACCAACGAAGAAGUCGGAUAUUGCCAGGCUAUGAAUAUCGUUGUGGCAGCACUAUUAAUUUAUAUGUCUGAAGCUCAAGCUUACUUCUUAUUAUCCGCGUUAUGCGACAGAUUACUUCCCGGAUACUAUUCACAAACCAUGUACGGCACUCUGUUGGACCAACGCGUGUUUGAGUCUUUAGUAGAGAAGACUAUGCCAAUAUUAUGGGAUCAUCUUGUCAAAUCGGACGUUCAACUUUCAGUCGUUUCUCUGCCUUGGUUUUUGUCACUGUAUAUUAACUCUAUGCCUCUCGUAUUUGCAUUCCGUGUUUUAGAUGUUUUCUUUUUAGAAGGUCCAAAGGUACUCUUUCAAGUUGGUCUCGCUAUUUUACGCAUAAAUGGAGAAGAACUUUUAGAUGCCACUGAUGAUGGAGCUUUUAUUUCUGUUCUGAAAGGCUAUUUCUCGAAAUUGGAUGAAUCUGCUCAUCCAAAAUCCGAGAAUGCGAAAUUACGAGCAGUCACACGAUUUCAGGAGUUGAUGGUUGUUGCUUUCAAGGAGUUCUCAGGGAUCACACAAAAUACCAUUGCAGAGCAACGUAUGAAUCAUAAAGAUGCUGUUUUAAACAGUAUUGAAAGUUUUGCAAAACGAACCUCAAUACGAAACUUAGGUCCGGAAAGCAAGAAAUUGAGUGUUGACGAAUUGGGUGCUUUGUAUGAUAGGUUUUAUGGCGUCUUAUACGAAAGACAACAAAGAAGUCAGAUGAUACAAGAAGAAAAAGAAAGAAGAGCAAAAGCCAAUAGAGCCAGUGUCAUUGCUGGAUUAGGAGAGAACCAAAAUAUCGAGAAAGGUAGAGUGGGUCUUGGCCCAAGUCCUACUCUGAUGGAUUACGAUUGCUUCCGAGAAUUCCUUGCUGGAAUGACCAAAUGGGCUGUAACAGACUCACCAUCAACACAAGAAAAGGAACUCGAGAAGGAGAAACAUUCUUAUUUUGGCAAUUCUUUGCGACGUCGAGAUAUUUCCCUCUCUCCUUGGGGUUUUGGUAACCCUGAGCCAGCCGAUCACGAAUUCAUGCAACGACUUUUCCGAAGAUGGGAUGUGGAUAUGAAUUCCGCACUGACUUUACAAAAUGUCGUCACAGGAUUGGCUCAUAUCAAGGGCAAAGGUGAUAUUAUGGGAAGCAUUACAUACUUCUUUGAACUUUAUGAUGAUGACGGAGAUGGAAAAGUGGACAGAGAAGGGAUUCUAAGGAUAUCUGAAGCUCUACUGUUCCUUUCUCGAAGAGGUCUAGAAGGAUCUCUGACGCCUUCACCUUCCAUGGUUGGACUAAGCGAAUAUGAAGCUGGUAAUCCAGCACAAUUCAAUAGUCCACAUACAACGACACAAGAACGGUUUUUGAGUAGCGUUAGUGCAUUCAUCAGACGUUGUUUUGAGUAUGCUGAUCCAGAUCAUCCACAAAAUAUCGAGGAUGAAGAGGAAGAUAAUCAGAGUGAAGGAGAAAGUGAAGAGAAAGUUGAAGAUGCCUCAAAUGAUACAAAUGGCCUUGUCGAUCCCGACUCAUUUGCUAUUGGCGAUUCGGAUGACUCAGAUGAAGAAGAAGAUCUCUUAGAUCUUGGUACCGACUUAAAGAAAAACAAAAAAGAAAUCAAUCUUCCAAUUAUUCCACCACCAUCCAACAAACCCAAAAAUCUCUCUACACCUUCUCGAAGUGUCUCAAAAGCACAGUCAGAAAGUGCUAACGCAGCUCUUGACCCUUCUAAACCCCUUCACAUAACUUUACCUACUUUCCGCAUGGUCGUUCUAGCUGAUGAACUUCUUGAACAAUUCUUUGAAUCUUCAUUUCCAGCUUCCUUUCGCAUUUCAGAUAAAAUGGCCUCUACCUCAAAUACAACAAAUUCUUCCCUCACUACAUUCACAAAUAUCGGCAAAUCGGCAGCAAGUGCAGCAGCAAAUGUUGUUAGUGGUCCUAGUUCUGCUGGUGUAGUACCACCUGGAAAGGGACUUAGAGGUGUCUUGGAUAAUAUUGUUACUGAUGGAAUGAGAGUUGCUGCGGAAGUUAGAAGAAGAAUGGAUGAGGCUCAGAAGGAAAUGGAGAGAAAUGCUGUGCAUAGACCGGGUGUACAAGAUGAAGAUGAGGAAGAAGAAGAUGAUGGAUUAAGAGCUUCAGGGGGUUAUGGUGGUGAUGCUGAAAGGAGGAGUGUAAGGAGUGAAGAUAGAGAUUUAUUAGAGGGAGCAGAUGCUGAAGCAGGUAGUAUUAGAAGUGGUAUUGAGAAGGUUGAGGGAGUAGGGAUAUCGGGUAAGAUUGGAAGCUUGAUGCCAGGUAUUUCUGGAGAUUCACAGAGAGAAAGAAGUUCUAGUUCGGCAACACAGAAAGUGGUGGAGUUUGAAAGAUAG